AUGGAGCCGCCUCCGCCUCCGCCACCGCCGCAUGGCAACAAUCCUCAAGGUGGUGGCAGGUCUGGAGGUCUCCCAAACGGCAAAUACGACAUUUUUGUCAUCCCUCCACAUUCCGCGGGCUCGGGCUUCCUCUACCUCCCUUCGCUGCAGACACACCGCAACUCUUUCCUGGCGGGAGUCUUCUGCACCGCAGCCUCCUUCUUCAUCUACUACACCGCCGUGCCCGUUGUCAAGGAGUGGCUAUACAGCACCAUCAACAGUGGCGGGACAGGCGUUUUCACGCUCAUCUGCGGUGUUGCAGUUGUAGCUUGGGCAUUUGGCAAGACUCAAAGUGAAUGGCAAAGCUACCCCGGCUUCAAUCGCGGAAGCUCUAACUCUACUUCAGGCGAUUCAGGCGGUUCAGGCCCUAGUGGCUACAGCAACGCUGGAUCUUACACACAUCAAGGGCAUCACCCGAACGCUCAAUCCCCUCCACCGCCGGGCGCCACCGGCGGUCCUCCACCUCCGCCUAAUCACGGAGCAAGCAGCCCUCCUCCGCACUCAUCGUGGCAGAAGCCUCCACCCCAGGCCAACACCAAAGCCAAUACUACCAGUGCCAAGUCGAGCUGGGAGAAGGCGCGAGAAGAGACGAGGAAAAGAGAGGAAGAGCGCAAACGGGCCGAGGAACUGAAAAGACGGAGGGAGGAACUGGAGAAGGAAAGACAGAAACAGAAAGACGAGCUGGACAAGGAACGACAGCGCCAGGAACAACUAGAAAAAGAGCGGCAGAGGCAGAAAGCAAACCUAGAGAAGGAGCUCCAGCGGCAGAAGGAAGAACUAGAGAGGGAGCGGCAGAAGCAGAAAGAUCUACUGGAGAGGGAGCGGCUGAAGCUCAGAGAAAAAGAAUUACUGGAAAGACUUGAGCGUGAGCGCAAAGAGAAGAAAGAGCGUGAAGAAAAGGAGGCUGCUGCAAAAGCGAAGUCGGAGCAGGCUAAUCGAAGCCCCCCCAAGCGUCCACCCAUGCCGACAGCGACCACGGAACGAGACGAUGAUGCAUACUCCUUCAGACCCUAUGACCGACCCAAACGAACACACAAAGCCAAUUCUGCCGCUUCGAUGUACUCAGAGUCAUCGUAUGCACCGUCAGAGAGCACGGCCAAAACCACCCCGCCUCCUUCAAUGCGUGGACCAUAUUCGACCAAGGACCCUGACAAGAUCAUCAUCAAAGGCGUCUUCUCCUUCAACAAUGCGUUUAUGCGAACUCCAAUUUCCCAGCUGAUAUCUGGACAAGGUAAUGUCACCGACGGACUGAUCUUGCGCAUCACGACCGAGGGCCUGUUCAUCGACGACGACGUACGAGGAGUGCCACAACGUGAGUGGGAUGUGAAGGCUUGGACGAUGAAGCUCGCAGAGGUAUGGUGUCCCGAUUUUCUUUCCCCUAAGAACAUGGAUGCGUGUCCCCCUAAAAGGAAAAUCUCCCUUGGUUUUGGAUUGAACGCCGACUCGAGGCGCGUACUGCGUUCGCCUUCGCAAGACGAAUCGGCGGCUUUUGUCAGUAAGCUGUUGGAUAUGUGCGGAGCCGUAUGCAAGAAUCGGUCUCAACCUCAGUCUCGGAGCUGUCUCUCACAUUCUUCUCCAUCUGUCAAUGCUGCCGGGACCACAAGGUCCACUACCUCAACUGAUACUGACUCUACAUUUACACAGAGCUGCGAACUCUCCGGUCUCCACGUUCUCCGCGCGAGCGUACGCGAUCAAGAAGGCAAGAAGUACGUCUUCAUCCUGUCUCAAUCCGAGGGUUGGAAGGUCGCCGUUGGUCUUCAGCGAUUGAGAAGGGGAACCCAAGUCCGUGCGCUGGGCGUCGCUGGGCUGCCGAUGAAUGAGGCGAAGGCCAUCCUGGAAAAUUUGGGGUUUGCCUAG